CCUGUACAGGAAAGUGGGACGAUCCAGUCAAGUUCUCAAUUCAUUCAAGGGUUCAUUCAGUUCAGACUAGAAGCUCGUUGUUGUUGAUUGAAUCCCGCAACUCUACUGAAUGAAAACAAAUGCAGAUGUCAACGAAUAUUUAAGCGCUGCUAAACUUCCUCAAACUCUAGAAAUAUGAACGCGGAAGGUGUUUCCAAGCGCACGCACAAAACGUGAGGAGGCGCGAUGGAUGCAAAGGACAGAGAGCGGCAGCGGACACGGAACGCUUGCAAAAGAACCGAAAGCGCCAGUGUCCUGCGCUCGCUCAGCGUCGACAACAUAGGCGAUAAUGAGACAAUGGCAAGCGAGUCGGACCUGGUUAAACAUGGCAGUCUUGAACAGCGACUCAUCGCACCGAGGUACAGCUUGCUCCGUGAAGUUGGCAGGGGCAGUUAUGGCGUUGUGUACGAAGCCGUUGCCCGUAAAUCAGGUGCGAGAGUGGCGGUGAAGAAGCUGCGCUGCGACGCGCCUGAGAACGUGGAGCUGGCGCUGGCGGAGUUUUGGGCUUUGACCAGUCUGGAGAAGCGCCAUGAGAACGUGGUACAGCUGGAGGAGUGUGUGCUCCAAAGGAACGGGAUGGCCCAGAAAAUGAGCCAUGGCAAUAAGCGCUCAAAGCAGUAUUUGAGGUUGGUCGAGACCUCGUUGAAAGGUGAGCGUGUAUUGUCGUGUCCAGAUGAGCCCUGCUACCUGUGGUUUGUUAUGGAGUUUUGCGAGGGAGGGGAUCUGAAUCAGUUCAUCCUGUCGCGACGGCCCGAUCCUCGAACCAAUGCCAGCUUCAUGAUGCAGCUGAGUAGCGCUGUGGCGUUCCUGCAUGAAAACAACAUUGUUCACAGAGACCUUAAACCAGAUAAUAUCCUCAUCUCGGAGCGUUCUGGUGCACCUGUGUUGAAAGUGGCAGAUUUCGGACUGAGCAAAGUGUGUGCCGGUCUGAGUGCCGGAGUACGAGACUCGGAGGAGGGACGGGACAAAAACAAGAACAAUGUUAACAUCAACAAGUUCUGGCUCUCAUCAGCAUGCGGCUCGGACUUUUACAUGGCACCGGAGGUUUGGGAAGGACAUUACACAGCCAAAGCAGACAUUUUUGCUCUAGGCAUUAUCAUCUGGGCCAUGAUAGAGAGAAUCACAUUCAUUGAUGCCGAGUCAAAACGGGAGCUUCUCGGGACGUAUGUGCGGCAAGGUUCUGAUAUCGUCCCGGUUGGAGAGGCGCUUUUGGAGAACCCAAAGAUGGUGUUGAGUAUUCCCCAACGCAGGCGCUCGCACAUGCCCGAGGCACUCCGGAAACUUUUGCAGGACAUGCUGGCCGUCAAUCCUCAGGACCGACCAGACGCACUAGAACUGCACAGCAGGAUGGGACAGGUCACUUGCGCAGCGUGAACUCUGACCUGAAUGCACACACAGGUUUUCCCUUUGCAGAACAGACCAGAAGGGACCGCGUUGCUUGGAAAACUGUGAAUCUUCCAUUGCUGAUUUAAUGUGAAAAGUACUAAGUACUCAACUUGAACACCAAUACAAAGUUUGCCACAAAUAGAUUUUCAACUGACCGUUCACUUUUUGUUUUACAGUAGUAAUUUAAACAAAUCAUUCAUUAAGCCCAGAAGUGUUCAGCCUAAAUCAAUCAUCAGUUAUGUCACUAAAAGUGAAGUAAAGCUAAAACAAUGUUAUGAUGCAGUGAGUACAAUCAAGCUGAAACGAGCAAGCUCUUAGUCUUACUGAGGGACUGGGACUUUAAAAUUCUGUUUUUAUAGCCUCCCUACUUGCUCAUCUUCUCAAAACAAUCCUUUGCCAUAAAAACAGACAAAGAGAAGUAUUUCAGUAAAUUUAUCCAGUUUUAUGAGCAGUGAAGCCUCCAGUUUUAGUAAGCAAGCAGUUGGAAAUCCAAAUACAAACACACACAAGAUACUUGAUUACAUUUUGAGCUCAAGCAUUUACAUAUAUUCUCAUCACGUGUCAUUGCCAUAGUCUCAUAGUCUUACACUUGGGUCUUACUUGAGUUAAACUCCACAGAACUUGAUCAUAUUUAUCUUUCCUCUGUCACAACAAAAUAGCUGAAAUCACAAGAAUAAAAAGACCAACUUUUAGAACUUGGUUUUCAUUUACCAUUUAAAAUGCUCAUGAUCUUAAGCCUAAACCUAAUACUGAGAGAUUUUUUCUCCUUGAAUGCAGAUUUAUCCUGGUGCCUUGAAGUCUAGUGAUAUAAGUGAGAUUUCUUGUAGGCUUUUUGUUUUACAGCUUUAUCUUUUAAACAUGCAGUACGUUUUGAAAGCUUUUAAUAUUUAAACACUUUACAUAUUAGGCAUGUGCAGUUUAGCCACUUAGGUGCUUGUUUUUACAUUAUGUGCCCCAUUUACAAUGCUGCUGUCACUUAUGAAAAAACAGUGUGAACAACCCUUCUGCAUGGACACGCACACUUACACAGUUUCACGGUUUAGUUUGUUUUGGAAUCUGGUUGAUUAAAAUAUGGAUUUGAUUAUGAUUAAAGGGAGCAGUUAAAGACUGUGUGGGUGUUAUUUGUGUUUUAUAUAAGAAAUACUACUAUGCUUUUUUUUUUUUUUUUUUUUUUUGUUAACCAACUACUUGAUGUUCUCAAAAACAGGAUGGGAGCUCAAUAGUGUACCAUUGCUCUUUUUCAUCUGCAUCCUGAAUGCUUCAUAGAGAAGAAAUUGGUGUGUGUUUGACUUCCAGGUGUGGUUUGUGUGUGCUAUAGUUCUACCUCAGCACUCUUGUGUUUUAGUAACUAAUUCACUAAAUUAACUAGCAGUGCUUUCUGCUUUUUGGUGAGGCUAGUAAUUAAUGUUUUUCAGAUGGAAUUAUUUAUUUUUUUUGUUUUUAAUAAUAAAUAUAUAGUGUCAAGGUUUUUAGUACUUUUAACUUUUAUUCCCUUUGUUUGUGACUGCUUAUUGCUGUCUGCUGUGGAAGAAACUUGGGGCUUGUGAGAUCAAGAUCUUUUUUUUAAGAUUAAUUAAGCCUCAGGUUUAAGGUAUUUUGAUAUAUUCUGGGCCGUGUGGUUCUUCACGUGGGAACAAAGUAUUCUGUUACUUUUUAUGUGUUCAAUUAUGUUUUCAUUUUGUCAGCUAAUGCUAUUUGGUUUUAUUGGGAACAUUCUUUCUGAUUCUUUUAAAUCCACUUUCAUUUUCCCGAAUGGCAAUUUAAAUGAUUGUAUCUUUUACGAGGGUCAGUUAAUCCUGAAGAGAGUUGGUAAAUGUUUUUGCAUUUGCUUUUUUGUCCUCUUAAUUAUGACUUUCAGAGAGCAUAAACACAGAGAAAUUUGUCAUAGCGGUCAUACGAACCACAGUAUUAGACUGCAUUUGCACUGAGGAGAGUGAACCGAGUUUAAUAGAAGCUCACUUCCUGUUCUGUAAUAUCUUCUACUCGAAUUCUGUGUUUUUCUUUGUAUUCCUUGUGCUCCAACUUUGACUGUACAGUGUGCUCUAUGCAACCUUUUCUUAAAUCCUUUCUGACACUGUAUGAUGCUGCUCUGCUCAAACCUUGGCAAUUUGUUGCUUUGUUGUGCUCAUUUUAUGACUUUUUUUAUGGAGCACUUUCUGCUUUUUGUGUGCAAAUGUUGAAAACGGACUUUCCUUUGUGUAAAACACACUAGAGCUGUUGGACGCUUCACUCGCUCGGGUGUCAUCCCUCAUUGUUUUGUUGAUUUUGUUCAAUAAACCAUGUAAAACCAUAA